CUUUUGAGCUUCGAUCAAGUCGCCGUGAACAUGCCACAUGAUAUGCGAUUUGGACCCGUUCCUCAGGUAAGGUCAGGUACUUGUACAAGACGCUUCGAAUUACAUACAACCCCUGCUGGGUCUGCCUUACUUGUAGGCCGCAGCUGUCAAUCCGGACAACCACUGCGGUUACAUUGCGACUGUCUUGACUUCAGAUGCCUCUCGUGAAGAGCGCACUUUUUUGCGCGCCGUGAUCGAAGCCGACCUCAACAGUUGGACUUCCUCCAGCAAGCUUCGACAGCAGGAUGGCACAUCCAAACAGUGACCCAGUCAGUUCGAAGGAUGAAGAUUCGCCCAAAGUUACCGUGCCUUCCCGUACCUAUGGGUUUCCACCAGAAGCCUUCGACUGGACCCGCCUCCCAGACUUCAAUACAGACUUUAUCCCUCCAGAACAUAUCGAAGCCUUCAUCCAGGCCCUGUCCGCACCGGACCCGAUCCCACAAACCCCCGACGACACCAGCGCUUCCUCGUCCUUCCGCCUCAACAGCCCAGCGCUUCAAGGAGGCUCAGCCAGUUCCGACCUCGACAUCACCAGGCGGGCCACGGCCUCGAGUCUGAAUCUCCGCGACGAGGACCGCGGUUCAAGAGACACGGCCGCCGUCGCAGCAGCAGCAGCCGAUUUAGCCGCCCCGGGGCCGGUCAGGUCGCCGACGAGCCAGCAACCGCUGAGCAGACAGCCCAGCACCAACAGCCUGUUCAUCACAGCCCAGAACGACUGGGCGCCCGUCCACGAGAAGGUGAUCCGCGACAAGGGCACCACGCCGUCCAAGAAUAAAAAGAAAAAAUACAAGGAGGCCCGCUCCAAAGACGAAACCCGCGAGGGGUAUCUCUACAGCCUGCUGAAAUGGCCCUUCCUCUCCUUCGUCCUCACGUGGAUUCUGGGCCUGAGCGUUGCCUACCUCGCCACGCGCGCCUACAUCUCGCUGUAUGAGCAGUUCAUCGCAUGGCGCGGUCAAAGGGAGAAGCUGCGGCGGGCGAUGCGGGCCACGAGCCGGUACCGGGACUGGAUCGCUGCCGCGAGGAGCAUGGACAAUUUCUUUGGGAACGGGCGGUGGAAGGAGGAGGACGACUUCGCGUAUUAUGACAGCAAGACGGUCAGGCGCGUGCUCGAGGAGAUGAGGAGGUGUCGGCGGCGGGCGGAGAAGGGAGAGGAGAGCGGGACCGAGGAGGGCAGGCUGGCGACGGAGGACCUCAAGGUCCUGAUUGAGGCGUGCGUCAAGAAUAACUUUGUGGGGGUUGAGAAUCCGAGACUGUACAGCCAGACGUAUUAUGGAACGAAGAACCUGGUGCAGAAUUUCAUUGACGAGGUGGAACGGAGCGUCAAGUUCCUGAUCGACACGAAACAACUGUCGAAGGAGGAGAAGCGCAUCAUGUUCAAGGGCAUUUGCGCCAACUACGGCCGCACGGCGCUGUGUCUGUCAGGAGGGGCCACAUUUGCCUACUAUCACUUUGGCGUCGUCAAGGCACUGUUGGAGGAAGACUACCUUCCCGACAUUAUCACUGGCACCAGUGGCGGCGCCUUGGUGGCCGCUCUCGUUGCGACGCGCACCAAUGAUGAGCUCAAGCAGCUGCUCGUUCCGGCCCUCGCUCGCCGCAUCACCGCCUGCCACGAGCCCAUUACUGUCUGGUUCUACCGUUGGUGGAAGACGGGCGCCCGUUUCGACUCGGUCGAUUGGGCCCGGCAAUGCGCUUGGUUCACACGCGGCUCCAUGACCUUUCGCGAAGCCUACGAACGCACAGGUCGCAUUCUGAACGUCUCGUGCGUUCCUGCAGAUCCCCACUCCCCGACCAUCCUCUGCAAUUACCUCACCAGCCCGGACUGCGUCAUCUGGUCUGCCGUGCUGGCUUCGGCCGCCGUGCCGGGCAUCCUCAACCCGGUCGUGCUGAUGAUGAAGACGCGCUCGGGCCAGCUCGUCCCCUACUCGUUCGGCCACAAGUGGAAGGAUGGCUCGCUGCGCACCGACAUACCCAUUAAGGCGCUCAACCUCCACUUCAACGUCAACUUCACCAUUGUCAGCCAGGUCAACCCGCACAUCAACCUCUUCUUCUUCUCGUCGCGCGGCUCGGUCGGCCAGCCCGUCACCCACCGCCGCGGGCGCGGCUGGCGCGGGGGCUACCUGGGCUCGGCCACGGAGCAGUACAUCAAGCUGGACCUGACCAAGUGGCUGCGCGUGCUGCGCCAGCUCGAGCUGCUGCCCCGCCCGCUCGGCCAGGACUGGUCCAUGCUCUGGCUGCAGACGUUUGGCGGGACCGUAACCAUCUGGCCCAAGAGCCAGCCGUCGGAUUUCUUGAGGAUUUUGAGCGACCCCGACCCGGCGAGGCUGGCGCGCAUGAUCCAUGAAGGGCAGCAGAGCGCGUUUCCUAAGAUGAAAUUCAUCGGGAACCGGUUGAGGGUGGAGAGGCUGGUGGAGAGGGGGCGGAGGGAGAGUAGGCUUGGUGGAGGCGGAGGGGGUGGGGGCGCUCCGGCGGUGUUGGGGACGAUUGGAGGUGCUCAUGCGAGGAGGGAGAGUAUUGAGAGCAUCUUGAGCGAGGAUGAUUUGAGGAGCUUGCUGAAGAAGAGGAAGAGGAGGGAUGGCGCGGAGAGUGCUACGGGCACAGAGGAAGAGUCGACGGCUUCUGAGGGGGAGGGGGACGACUGCAUGGUUAUUGAUGGCGGCGAUGCCGAGCGGGAGCUCAGGGCUGCAAGGAGGAAGGAACCGAAGAUCGCUACGCCGAUGGGGUUGGCGGGCGCUGAAGGGCAGGAUGAGUGAUAUCGAACUUGUGCCGGGUUGGGUUUGCUGAGGAAUGUGUGCGGUUGGUUUUCCAAAUGGUCUGAAUCGUCUUGUCAUUUGCUAGACCGGACUGGCUAGACGAACAGGACUGGCGCAUGGUAUGGCCAGUCGGGACAUAAAGGGUGAGGUGUUAUGCAUGCAUACAUGUAACAAGAUGUCUGAUUAUAGUUUGACACGAGUUAGCAUGAUACAAAUGUAACUCUUCUGGCUGUACUGAGU